AUGCCUGGCCCCUUCACCUCGAAAUCCUUCAGCGCCACACUGCCCAACUCGCUCGCCGCGAAAUACCGAAAGUCGCUCCAAAAGCACCCCUUCCUACUCUUCGGCCUACCGUUCCUGUCUACGAUACUUCUCGGGUCGUUCAUGUUGACUCCCGCCACGGCGCUGCGAUACGAGCGAUACGAUCGCAAGAACCAGCAAAUCACACAUGAACAGGCUAUGGGCCUGAGAGGAGAGCGGAGGAAGGUGAACAUGAAGGACGAGUACUACAGAUUACAGGCGAAAGACAUCGAUGACUGGGAGCAGAGGCGUGUCAAGCGGCUACCGGGCGAGCCAGACGGCACACUUGUAUAA